GUUGCAAAUUGGCUGCCUCCACCGGACACCCGGGGAGCGGGACCUCAACGAUUGUCUUCUCUUGCCUUAGACUGUUCGUGUUUUUUUAAAUAACGGCCCUUCGUCCCCCUCCCCAAUCCCCAUCUCUUUCCGUUUUCAUCCUUUCUCACUUCCUCCUCUUCCCUCUACCUCUUCCCCUUUCUUAAUCCGUAUACUGCAGCCUUCUUGCGGAGCGGCUUCCUGAUCGACCGACGAACGCCCCCCCUCUUUUUCCUUAUAUAAUUAACUCCACCCCACUUCGGCGGCGACGAUAAUUUUACUUUCCCGUUGGGUUACAAUUGGAUUUAACUCCAUACCCUUUUCCCCUCUUCGCCGCUUCUUCUUUCCCAUCUUUGUACGGCUUAGGAUUCUAUCCUUGUUAUCGCAAUCAUGUCCGACGGCUCCGUUCUACCCCCCAAGCCGUCUGUGGUGCUGGAGGCCCACGAAGUCGACACUUUCCAUGUCCCCAAAGCAUUCUACGAUAAACACCCCACAGGCACUCACUUGAAAGACCUGGACGAGUACAAGCAGCUGUAUGAAGAGUCGAUCCGUAAACCUGACGUUUUCUGGGCCCGCAUGGCCCGCGAGCUUCUCACCUUUGAGAGAGACUUCCAAACGACUCACAUCGGCUCCCUAGAGAAUGGAGAUAGCGCCUGGUUCCCCGAGGGCCGUCUGAAUGCCUCCUUCAACUGUGUUGACCGUCAUGCCAUCAAAGACCCCAACAAGGUCGCCAUCAUCUACGAAGCCGACGAACCCAAUGAGAGCCGCACGAUUACCUACAGCGAAUUGCUGCGCGAAGUGUCCCGUGUCGCUUGGGUGUUGAAGCAGCACGGCGUGAAGAAGGGUGAUACCGUGGCCCUCUACCUUCCCAUGAUUCCCGAGGCCCUCGUCGCCUUCUUGGCCUGCUCUCGUAUCGGUGCCAUCCACUCCGUCGUUUUCGCCGGUUUCUCCUCCGAUUCUCUUCGUGACCGUGUCUUGGACGCCGGCUCCAAGGUGGUGAUUACGACGGACGAGGGCAAGCGUGGCGGAAAGGUGAUCGGUACCAAGCGCAUCGUCGACGAGGCUCUCAAGCAGUGCCCCGACGUCUCCAGCGUUCUCGUCUACAAGCGCACCGGCGCCGAGGUCCCCUGGACCAAGGGCCGUGACAUUUGGUGGCACGAAGAGGUCGAGAAAUACCCCAACUAUAUUGCCCCUGAGCCGAUGGCUUCCGAGGACCCUCUGUUCUUGCUCUACACCUCCGGUUCCACCGGUAAGCCCAAGGGUGUCAUGCACAGCACCGCCGGAUACUUGCUCGGCGCUGCCAUGACCGGUAAAUACGUCUUUGACAUCCAUGAUGAUGACCGCUUCUUCUGUGGUGGUGACGUUGGCUGGAUUACCGGUCACACCUACGUGGUGUAUGCACCUUUGUUGCUGGGAUGUGCCACCGUGGUCUUCGAGAGUACCCCUGCCUACCCUAACUUUUCGCGUUACUGGGACGUGAUCGAGAAGCACAAGGUGACUCAAUUCUACGUGGCCCCCACUGCGCUGCGACUGCUCAAGCGCGCUGGUGAUGAGCACAUCCACCACAAGAUGGCUCACUUGCGAAUUUUGGGCUCUGUCGGUGAGCCCAUUGCGGCCGAGGUCUGGAAGUGGUACUUCGAGAAGGUUGGAAAGGAAGAGGCGCACAUUUGCGACACCUACUGGCAAACCGAAACCGGUUCGCACGUUAUUACUCCCUUGGGUGGUAUUACACCGACCAAGCCGGGAAGUGCGUCGCUGCCCUUCUUUGGAGUCGAGCCCGCCAUCAUCGACCCAGUUUCCGGAGAGGAGAUCUCGGGCAACGAUGUGGAGGGUGUCUUGGCCUUCAAGCAGCCUUGGCCUAGCAUGGCGCGCACCGUGUGGGGUGCUCACAAGCGUUACAUGGACACCUACCUGAACGUCUACAAGGGAUACUACGUAAGAGCCGACUCCUACCCAUUUCCACCGAUAUCUCCUGGCUAACAUAUUGACCCCGACAGUUCACCGGUGACGGUGCUGGCCGUGACCACGACGGAUACUACUGGAUCCGCGGCCGUGUGGACGACGUUGUCAACGUCUCUGGCCACCGUCUCUCGACCGCUGAAAUCGAGGCUGCCCUGCUUGAGCACCGUAAGUCUCGCUGCUAAAACUUGAUUAAAAGCAUUUCCGUCUGACUUUCAAUGACAGAUAUGGUUGCCGAGGCCGCCGUG